ACUUGCCCAGUCGUGUGCCGCCUGUCGUCGUUCCACGUUAAUUUCGUUGCCUCUCGUCCCGUUAUCCGCUGUCUUCCCUUUCCCUUCCCCUGCUCAUUCACAUGCUGUGUUCCAAUAAGAUUGUCGAGGGUGUGUACACGUCAAGAAGAGGACUCGAGACGACGGCGGCAGGAAAAGCAACAAGCGCCUCCUCCCCCGAAAAAUCCACGAGGGUUGGGAGGAAAAUUCAACCUCAAGAACAACGCGUCUCAGCGACAACACAAGAGAGUUCCCAACGUCGGGAUUCACCGUCUUGCAACCGAAAGAGGGAAGUUAUCCGAAAUCGGGAUUUCUGAUACAGCAAUCGCAAGUUGACAAAAGAGAUACGCGAGAUUAGAAUCAUAAGGUUCGUCGACUGAAGUGUCGUAACGGCGGCGGCGAAACGUGGCUUCGUCGAUAGGAGUGAUUCCCGUGACCAACACCCGUCGAGAAAAGAAGUAGAUCAGAGCGACUCGUCGCCGAACUCGAGAUUUUUUCACGGUGCAGGUUGGAGAGGCCUGCUUUCCACCGUCGUCCCGCCGAAGUGAAAUCCACCCGACAAUUGAUCGGCUCGAUCUUCCGGAUCCGGACCGUCUUCUCGAACAGCGAUUUGCGCGACGUUAAUCCGCGAGGUCGAUAAGGCUGGUGAAAUUUUAAUCGAGGGAUAUCAUCACCGGUCAUCGUUCCGCCUUUGUCACGAGUUGCCGCGCGAUCCGUCAGGUAGUUGAGGCCCGAUUUUCACCGGGGGGAUUACGGAAAUGAUGUUUGGCGAAGUAUGCAACUGAUUGUUUUAUAAUCCGCCGAGAUAUCGCCGUUAUCUCACCCUAAUAUAAAUGUAGCCUUUGGGAAGAAGGCAAGUUACGAGGAUCAGGACUUGCGCGCGCGCAUCGCACCAGCACGUGUGCUGCUCCAGCAUUUUGCACUUCGCUAGAACUGUGGGAGGGAGACGAGAGGGAAGGAUUUGGAACGGACGAAAAGUGAAGUUGAACGAGAGGAUACGAGAUUCGCAUCUACUGAGAGAUAGAGAGAGAAAGAGAGAAAGAGAGAGAGAGGAGGAGGAGAGACGAUGUAAAUCGAGAGUACCAGGUGUUCUUCUCCGGUGUCGUUGAAAAGAAAAUACUCAGGUCUCGUAGAUCGAGCCUGUCCCCCUGCGUUCACGUCGUAGAACAGAAAAAUUAGAACUAGCCAUGGGUCGAAUGGAGAACGAGCAGUCGGCCACCGACAAUCCCAUGAAGGAAUUCAGCAGCAGUACGAAGAUAGCUCCGACAGUGAUCGGCGAAUAUCGGGAAAAAGAUGAAUUGUACGACCCCUUUGAGCAUCGUGACAAACGAAAUACGACCUCGGAUUUUGGUGCCCUGGCGCAUCUCCUGAAAUCCUCACUAGGAACCGGCAUCCUAGCCAUGCCGAACGCGAUUAAGAACGGCGGGCUACUGUUCGGCGGGAUCGGCACGAUCAUAAUCAGCUUCAUAUGCGCCCAUUGCGUACACAUUCUGGUGCGUACGUCCCACAUACUCUGCCGGCGCACCAAGACGCCGAAGAUGAAUUACGCCGAGACCGCGUACGCGGCUUUCCUCUGUGGACCCGUGCCGGUCAGGCCGUGGGCUAACGCCAGCAAAAUAUUCGUCUACGCGGCAUUGUGCGCGACGUACAUAGGCGGCGCGUGUGUCUAUGUCGUGUUCAUCGCCGAGUCCAUUCAACAGGUCGCGAAUUACUACACCAGCUCCGUGGUGGACAUACGUAUGUACAUCCUCGCGCUAAUCCCGGCACUGGUGUUGCUGGGUCAAGUGCGAAAUCUCAAGUACAUGGUGCCGUUCUCGAUGCUGGCGAACAUCUGCAUGAUGACCGGCUUCGCCAUCACGCUCUACUAUGUCUUCAGCAACAUCCAGCCGAUCUCCAGCGUCAAGAUGUUCUCUUCGGUGGAGCAACUGCCCCGUUUCUUCGCGACUGUGAUAUUCGCCAUCGAAGGUAUCGGCGUUGUGAUGCCCGUGGAGAACAACAUGCAGAAACCGCAGCACUUCCUGGGUUGCCCUAGCGUGCUCAACAUUACGAUGACCAUAGUGGGGUCUCUGUACACCAUACUGGGAGUAUUCGGUUACCUCAGCUACGGUGAGAAACUCAGAGGCAGCGUCACGCUGAACUUAUCCGUAGAGGAGCCUCUGGGCCUGUCGGUGAAGAUUCUCAUCGCCCUGGCCGUUCUUUUCACUUACGGGCUACAGUUCUUCGUAUCGCUCGAGAUCAUGUGGAACGCCAUAAAGCCACUGAUCUCUCACAAAUACCAAGCAAUGGGCGAGACAUUAAUGAGGAUAUCAAUGGUCAUGUUAACAGUGGGCGUAGCAUCGGCGGUACCCAAAUUGGACCCGUUCAUCUCUCUAGUCGGCGCAAUAUUCUUCUCCGUCCUAGGCAUCAGUAUUCCAGCCGCUGUCGAGACCGUUUCGUGCUGGGAGAGCCAUUUGGGCACGUUCAAGUGGCGACUAUGGAAAAACGGUUUGCUAAUAUUAUUCUCGUUAUUAGCGAUGAUAUUCGGCACGUGGGUCUCAAUAUUAGAUAUAAUAGAUCUUUAUAAGUGAGAUAAUAUAAAUAAUUGUUUAGUAUUU